CGCUAUUCCUUCAAUUAAUUUAAUUGUAAGUAUAUGAACAAUUUUAGUUCUCCGGAUUCAGAUGAUACGUAUUAUGGGGAUGACUCCGAAGAAGGACGCGAUGACCAGUAUUUAGUAUCAGAUAGAUAUGAAAGUAAAUUCUACGGAUCUGUUCACGGGGGUUCAACUGCUGGUUCUACAACAGCUGCUGGUAGCUUUAAUGCAGCAAGCGCUAAUAUUACUAGAUCUAUUAAGGCGGCUACUUAUUUGUGUCCAGCAAUAUUUCCAUGGGUAGACACGGGACCUGCAACUGAGGAGAGCGGAUAUAUUGUGCUCAAAAUGGUUGGAGUAUUCUAUGUACUUAUCAUUGUCUUUGAUAUAAUGCUAGUGGUCAUAUCUCCAGAAUCAUCUACGUUCACUUAUAUUAUUUUGUAUACGCUGCUUAUUGCUAUAAUCAUUGUUCUUGGUGCAAUAUCACGAAAACCACAAAACAAGUACGGAUAUUUUACUAAUUUAUUUAUGUUACUUAUUUUCAGAUAUUUUAUGAGCAUAUUUUUCAGAAAUAAAAAUGAAAUUUUACCUUUAAAAUUAUCUAUAUAACAAAUCAAUUUAAUUUGUAAAUUACUAUUAGUUAAUAAU